ACCCAACGAUGAAUUUUGAGAAACCAUCAGCUCGAGAAACUCAUUCCUUCCACAACACUUUGGGAAUUCUGCUGAAAGCAGUUGAAGGGCAUAAGACAACAGUCGACCUGAGGAAUGAGUCGUUUGUCCAUGGAACAGUGGAGCAAGCCGAUGGGUUUAUGAACGUUGUGAUGAAGGACUGUGUCUUCACGGACCCCAGAGGCGACAGAUUCCCCUUCGACACAUUUUUUGUGCAGGCCAGGAACAUUCGUUGUGUGCAUAUCCCCACAGACGUUCCAAUUAUUCCUGCUAUCAAACAUGGCCUUGAGUCUCUCCAUUCGAGUUUCGGGAAGGUGCGGCAGAAGAGGACCUUCAGGGAGAAGAGGCUCAAGGAGAAGCUCGCGCAGGAUAAGGCCGCUUUGCAGGAGAUUUUAGUGGCGCAGGAACAGUCGAGUGACGUAGGGCAAUAGAAUAGGGACAUGUACUUCCAGAGAUGCAUAUUUUUGUAAAAGCGUUGGACCAAAUACACAAUUAUCAGAAUAAAA